AUGGCCGGGGGGCGGCGGGGGCCGGGAGCGUUGGCGGAGCCGCGGCGGCUGAUGCGCUCUGGGCUGGGGCUGAUCGUGCUGGGCCACGGCAGCCUCGUGCUGGGCGCCAUCGUGCACGGCUCGGUCCUGCGGCACGUGGCCGGCGCCCGCCGCGCCGUCACCCCCGAAUACGCGGCGGCCAACGUGGUGUCGGUGUGCUCGGGGCUGCUGAGCAUCGCCGCGGGCAUCGUCGCCAUCCUGGUGUCGCACAACCUGUCCCGGGCGGCCCUGCACUGGACCAUGCUGAGCGUCUCUCUGCUGAACUGCCUCCUGUCCACCGCGUGCAGCGUGGGGCUGGCGCUGGCCUUCGCCCUCACGGUCCACAGUCGGGGCACACACCUGGUUCGGGGCUGCAACAGCUCCGCACUGCCCCUGGACGCCCGUGCAGCCAUUGCAACUAAUGACUGUCCCUUCAACACCACGCGCAUCUACGACACAGCCCUGGCCCUCUGGUUCUCCUCCUUGCUGCUGGCAGCUGCAGAAGCCGUGCUCUCGGGCAGGUGCUGUUUGGUGGCUCUCGUCUUCCAGGGCAUCGGGCCUUGUGCACACAGCUAUGGCAAAGAGCAGCUGGCCAGGCCAACCGAGAAGCCACUCCAUGAGAGGCUCCUGGCAGGACUUGCUGAGUCUCCUGCAUAGCUGGAGGGCUGGUUCUGCAGGAGUGCUGUGAUUAUCCAGCAAGGUCGGGGGCAAGGUGAUGUCACCUUCUGCAGUGUCGGUAAGGUGGGCUGCAGGGGUGAGGGGUGUGCCUUGCCCCCUCCCCCCACCUCCACCACCCCUCCUGGGACAGACCCUGCAGGUUCAGCAGCCGCUGUUGGGCCCUAGAUGCUCUCCCAUCCUCUCCUCAAGCUCCCAGGCCCUUCCUGGUGUGCUGAAGGCUCCGUCAGUGAUUUGGGAUGGGCAGAGGUGCUGGGGCCCAAGUCCUGGUGCCAUUGCAGGCAUGGCAGCUGGCUGUGCCUGUGCUCAGAGAUGUCAGGGAAUAGAAAGGGAAGAAUCCCUUUUGU